AUGUCAGCUAAGGAAAUUGCAAGAUUAGUUCAGGAGGCUAAAAAUUAUGAGGCUGAAGACACAGAGUUUCUUGAGAAGGUAAGAGCAAUGGAUGAUUUGGAUGACUAUGUUUACAAAAUGAGAAAAACUUUAGAACAUACGGAAAAGGACAGUAAAAAGAUCAAUGAUGCAAUUGCUAAGGCCAUGGGUUUACUUGAUAAUCGUGAUAAACAGAAACAUGGAAUAGAUGUGUUCAAGAAGAAUCUGAAGCAGCUCAAGUGUAAGAGCAAAACCUUUGUGGCUUUGUGCAGAGGAAAUUUCAUAUAUGAUUCUCACAAAGAUGCCGAAAUUGCAGUAGCAUACUUAGAUUUACCGGUAAAGAAUGCUGUUAUUGCCAUACCAACCUACUUCAGUAACUCACGGUGCAAAGCCACCAGAGAUGCUUGUUCCAUUGCUGGUCUCCGUGUUAUGAGGACAAUCAAUGAGCCUAUGCUGCAGCUACUGACUCUGUUGGAAGAGGAAUGUUUUAAUCUUUGA